AUGCCCAAACGAAACAUUCUAUUGAUGAUCGCCGAUGAUCUCGGUAAGCAACUGGGCUGUUACGGUAACACCAAGAUCCAAACACCUCAUCUUGAUCAGCUAGCUGCCGAUGGCACCAUAUUCGAUCAAGCAUUCACCAGCACCGCAUCUUGUAGUGCUAGUCGCUCGGUCAUCUAUACCGGGCUACACACCCACCAAAAUGGGCAGUAUGGACUCCACAACGGAAGGCAUCAUUUCACCACAUUUGAUCAUGUUCAAACUGCCCCUGCACUGUUUUCGCAACACGGCUAUACUACUGGCCUUAUUGGCAAGGUCCAUGUCGGCCCAUCUUCUGUCUAUCCCUGGGAUAUGCGAGCCGAAAGUGAUAUUCGAGAUGUCGCGUCCGUUGCUGAUCAGGCUACCACGUUCUUUGAACAGUUCAAGUCAGGCAAUCAACCAUUCUUCUUGACAAUUGGUUUCAUUGAUCCACAUAGAGACCUGACUCGUGCUGGGUUUGGUAAUGAUGGCCAAUAUGACCCUCGCGUGAAGAGGAUUGAUUACUCCCCCGAGGACGUCGAGAUUCCACCUUUUGUCAAUGAUCUGCCCAAGGUGCGUUAUGAGUUUGCGGAAUAUUACAAGUCGAUCUCUCGCCUUGAUCAAGGCGUUGGAAUGGUUUUGGAGGGACUUAAAAAGAGUGGUCUCGAUGACGAUACGCUUGUUCUCUUCGUGAGCGAUAACGGACCGCCAUUCAUUAACUCAAAGACGACACUGUAUGAUGCGGGUGUCUGCCUUCCCAUGAUCAUGAAGUGUCCAGGAUCUCUAGCUGGCGUGGUCAACCCAAACAUGAUUUCAUAUGUUGAUAUUUUGCCAACUCUUCUCGACUGGGCUCAACAUCCCAGUCCUGAGAGCCCGGCUCGUCUUGGUCGAUCAUUCCUUUCUAUUAUCUCUGAGCGGCGUCAAAUAGAUGGUUGGGAUCGCGUUUUUGGCUCGCAUACAUUCCAUGAAAUCACCAACUAUUGGCCUACUCGUUUCAUGCGGGACCGUCAAUUCAAGUAUCAUCGGAAUAUCGCUUGGAGACUGGACUUUCCAUUCGCUGCAGAUAUUUAUGGUUCCUUAACAUGGGAGGAGAUUCGUAAUUCAGAGAAUAGCCCCAAGAUGAUUGGGUCUCGCGCACUGAAAGACUACUUCUUCCGUCCUGCAGAAGAACUAUACGAUAUCCAAGAUGAUCCGGAUGAGAUCCGCAAUCUAGUCAAAGACCCAGUGUACAAAUCCGUUCUUGAAAGAAUGCGGGCGGCGAUGGAGGAAUGGCAGGGGCGCACUGAAGAUGUCUGGCUCUAUCGUGAUGGUGUUUCCAUGCUUUUGGUUCGACAUCAUCUCGAUGCUGGGUUGGAGGUUCCAGAUCGAUGGAACUUUGAUGCUGCUUUGCCUCAAAGUAAGGAUCAGCCCAAGUUUGCCGCUAAUUUCGCUUGGGGGAUAGCUAGUCCCAGCUUGAAACCUGCGUGGUUAUCGGAACCUCUUUGUAUUUGA